AUGGACCACCACAACGGCUCGAUCACUGAUGCGGAUUUAAGAACCCGUGAAAACAAUUUUGCCCACCACACCUGGGAGAUCGAUCGGGAGCGCUUGAUCGUCCGCAGAGGUCAGCCCUUCUCCAUAACCCUGCAGUGCUCCGGCGGCAGCGUGCGGCCGGGACGCCACCUGGAGCUGGUCCUGCACCUCGGGAAGAGGGCCGAGACGGUGAUCAAGCUCCAGAAGGAGCGUGGGUCUGGAGCGAGCUGGUGGUUCAGCCAGCAGGAGGCUCAGGGCGAAGUGCUGCUGACCCUGCACAGUCCGGCCGACGCCGCCAUCGGCCAUUACCGCCUGGCCGUGCUCGUGCUGGCACCAGACGGACACAUUUUACAGAGACUGGACAAGAUCCAGUUCCACCUGCUCUUCAACCCCUGGUGCAAAGAUGAUGUGGUGCAUCUCCCUGAUGAGGGUCUGCUUCAGGAGUACAUAAUGAAUGAAGAUGGAGUCAUUUACAGAGGAGAGUGGUAUAAUAUCACCAGCAGCCCCUGGAAUUAUGGACAGUUUGAAGACUAUGUGAUGGACAUCUGUUUUGAAGUCCUGGACAACUCCAGAGAUGCCUUGAAAAACCCAGAGCUGGAUCUUGAGCGCAGAUCUGAUCCCGUCUAUGUCAGCAGAGUGAUCAGUGCAAUGGUGAACGCCAACGGCGACAGAGGUGUGUUGGAGGGGCGCUGGAUGGAGCCGUACACUGACGGAGUGACGCCGACUCAAUGGACAGGCAGUGUGCCCAUCCUCCGGCAGUGGAGCCAGGCGGGGCUCAGGGCGGUCAAAUAUGGCCAGUGCUGGGUGUUUGCUGGUGUUGCAUGCACAGUGAUGCGCUGCCUCGGUAUCCCAACACGCCUCAUUACCAACUUCUCUUCAGCUCAUGAUGUCGAUGGAAACCUUUCCAUAGACUUUCUGAUGAAUGAAAAGCUGGAGAGUUUGGGAGGCAAUGGAAAGCCAGAAAUCAACUGGAACUACCACUGCUGGAUUGAGUCCUGGAUGAAGAGAGAUGAUCUCCCCAAUGGAAAUGAUGGAUGGCAGGUUUUGGAUCCUACUCCUCAAGAACUGAGUGAAGGGGUGUAUUGUUGUGGUCCAUGUCCAGUGGUGGCGAUCAAAGAGGGAAACCUGGGAGUGAAGUACGAUGCUCCUUUUGUAUUCGCUGAGGUGAACGCAGACAUUGUCUACUGGAUCGUUUAUCCAGACGGCCAGCGACAGAAGAUCAAAGUGAACGAGAGCGGCGUGGGGAAGAACAUCAGCACCAAAAGUGUUUAUGGCGACGACCGAGAAGAUGUCACGCUGCACUACAAGUAUCCAGAAGGCUCCAAGAAAGAGAGGGAAGUGUAUGAGAAGGCGGGACGUCGACUCAUGUUACCGACCAACAACGAUGCUGAACCAGGAAAACUGCAAAUAUCAAUUAAACACGCCAAACCUGUGUUUGGGACGGACUUUGACGUGAUUGUCAAGAUAAAGAACGAAGGGGCUUCAGAUGCUCGUGUUCAGCUGACCCUGCUUGUGGAAGCUGUGACCUACAAUUCUCUCCACCGGGGGGCGUGCCAGAGGCAACGGAUCACUGUGACUGUUCCAGCCCACAAAGUUCAUCAGGAAGUUCAGCGUGUACACUACAAGGACUAUGCCAAGUGUGUCUCUGAGCAUCAUUUGAUCAGGGUGAAAGCGCUGCUCGAGGCCCCAAUGGAGAACGAACCCAUCAUGACCGUGGCCAACAUCCCCCUGAGCGUGCCCGAGAUCCACCUACAGGUUGAGGGGCGGCCUGUCAUUCAGCAGCCAACCACAGUCUACAUCUCCUUCACCAACCCCCUCCCGGUGCCGCUGAAGGGUGGGGUGUUCACCGUGGAAGGGGCCGGCCUGCUGCCCGCCACCAAGAUCUACGCUGACGGUGACAUUUCUGCAGGACAGACGGUGUCCGUGAAGCUGUCCUUCUCGCCCAUGAGGACUGGGGUGAGGAACCUCCUGGUGGACUUCGACUCUGACCGGCUGAAGGACGUGAAGGGAUUCGCCAAAGUGGUUGUCCGCAAGAAAUACAGAGACCUGAUCCGUCUGAUGUGAUGAGGUUAAAAACCAUCGCUCCAGACAGGGAGAACACUUUACUAACCUCACAGAAAGAGUAGAAAACGCCACAAGGUGCCAGCAUGAAGCAUUUCUGAUAACAGCCUGGUAAUGAACACACACUGUGCAGUUUUUCACUUUUUCAUUUCUUGCCUUGUUUUUUCUCUCCCUGAUUUGAAAUUUAAAAAAAAAUCUGGGCUUCAUAUAAGAAAGAGCAGAAGUGUUGAUGUCUGAAAUGAUUUAGUGUGCGUUUCCGUAUUGUUACUGCACUCUUUCCAAUAUGCAUUUCGGAAUAUUAUUGCAACCAUUAUUUUUUAAUAAAUAACUGUGUUCUUGGUGCCUGAAAAGAUGUAAAGUGUGAUUUGAUUUUUUUGAAA